AUGGCCGCGCAAGCCCGGCUGCGGCUCCUCUCCACCCUAACAUUCCUAGUAGUCCACGCGGCGACAGCAGCACCUGCUGCCGCGACAAGCUGCGCGCCGAGGACAUGCGGCAACCUGACCAUCGCCUACCCGUUCUGGCUCCCGGACCAGCAGCCUUCCUCCUCCUCCUCGGCGCCGCCCCUCAGCUUCGCGCCCUUCACGGCCAGCAGCGCCAACGCGCAGCUCGUCUUCCUCUUCAACUGCACCGGGACCGGGAGCCCGCCGCCGGCCGGGUUCGUCAACGUGACGUGCCCGGGGGCGCAGGCCGUGGUGCGGCUCGACCCGAGGUACAACGCCACCGACGCGAAGGCGGUGGCCGGGGACUGCGACUACUCGGUCGUGCCGGUGAUGGGUUCCUCCGGCGGCGCGAGCGCCGCGGACUAUCCGCUGCUGCUGAGGGGCGGGUACCUGCUGGAAUGGCGGGCGUCGCCUGGGGACUGCACGGCGUGCAAUGCCAGCGGCGGCCAGUGCGGAAGCAGCAGCAGAGACGCUGCAAACGUGGAAAAACUCCUGCAGAAGUACGGAUCACUCGCUCCCAAGCGGUACAGAUACUCCGAGCUGAUUGUGAUUGCUCACAAGCUCGGGGAAGGCGGCUACGGCGCGGUGUUCAGCGGCGUCCUGACCGCCGGCAGCGCCGGCGGCAACCGCGCGCGCGAGGUCGCCGUCAAGUUCCUGCACCACUCGAGACCCAACGGCGAGGAGUUCCUGAACGAGGUGAUCAGCAUCGGCCGGACGUCGCACGUGAACAUCGUCACCCUCCUCGGGUUCUGCCUCGAGGGCUCCAGGCGCGCGCUGGUGUACGAGUACAUGCCCAACGGCUCGCUGGACAGGUACAUCUACGCCGAGGACCCGGGCACGGCGCUAGGGUGGGAGGCGCUGCAGGAGAUCGCCGCCGGCAUCGCGCGGGGGCUCGAGUACCUGCACGAGGGGUGCAGCACGCGGAUCAUCCACUUCGACAUCAAGCCCCAGAACGUGCUCCUGGACGCCGACCUCCGCCCCAAGAUCGCCGACUUCGGGAUGGCGAAGCUGUGCAACCCCAAGGAGAGCAUCCUGUCGAUGGCGGACGCGCGAGGCACCGUCGGGUUCAUCGCGCCGGAGGUCUUCUCCCGCGGGUUCGGGGUCAUCUCGACCAAGUCCGACGUGUACAGCUACGGGAUGCUGCUGCUGGAGAUGGUCGCCGGGAGGAGCAACGCCGCCAAGGCCUACGCCGAGAAUAAGUCCAGCGGCGACGACGGCGACCUCUUCUUCCCGCUCUGGGUGUACGACCACCUGCUCGAGGACGGCGACGGCGUGCUGCAGGGCAGUGACGCGGGAGGCGCCGGGGCAGCAGGCGAGGAGAUCGCGAGGAAGAUGGCGCUGAUCGGGCUCUGGUGCAUCCAGACCGUGCCCGCGAGCAGGCCGUCGAUGAGCAGGGUGCUGGAGAUGCUGGAGAGGAGCAUCCAUGAGCUCGCCAUGCCGCCCCGGCCGUACCACACUUCUCCGUCCAACUCCCCGUCGCCGUCGCACCCGUCGAGCUAUCCGUCCUCCACGUCGGAUUUCACUCAACGGUGA